UCACAUCUAUUACCACAAUGCACAGCACCUUGACCUGGAAAUUAGAGAAAUUAUAACAGUCAAUCAGUGGAAGAAAAUGGAGGAAGUAUGUGAUUCAUCAGCAGCUGCGAGCAGCACAGUCCAAAAUCAGCCACAGGAUCAAGAGCACCCGUGGCCGUAUCUUCGCGAAUUCUUUUCUUUUAGUGGUGUAAAUAAAGAUUCAUUCAAGAUGAAAUGUGUCCUCUGUCUCCCGCUUAAUAAAGAAAUAUCGGCCUUCAAAAGUUCGCCAUCAAACCUAAGGAAGCAUAUUGAGAGAAUGCACCCAAAUUACCUCAAAAACUACUCUAAAUUGACAGCACAGAAGAGAAAGAUCGGGACCUCCACCCAUGCUUCCAGCAGUAAGCAACUGAAAGUUGACUCAGUUUUCCCAGUCAAACAUGUGUCUCCAGUCACUGUGAACAAAGCUAUAUUAAGGUACAUCAUUCAAGGACUUCAUCCUUUCAGCACUGUUGAUCUGCCAUCAUUUAAAGAGCUGAUUAGUACACUGCAGCCUGGCAUUUCUGUCAUUACAAGGCCUACUUUACGCUCCAAGAUAGCUGAAGCUGCUCUGAUCAUGAAACAGAAAGUGACUGCUGCCAUGAGUGAAGUUGAAUGGAUUGCAACCACAACGGAUUGUUGGACUGCACGUAGAAAGUCAUUCAUUGGUGUAACUGCUCACUGGAUCAACCCUGGAAGUCUUGAAAGACAUUCCGCCUUUGCACUUGCCUGCAAAAGAUUAAUGGGCUCUCAUACUUUUGAGGUACUGGCCAGUGCCAUGAAUGAUAUCCACUCAGAGUAUGAAAUACGUGACAAGGUUGUUUGCACAACCACAGACAGUGGUUCCAACUUUCUGAAGGCUUUCAGAGUUUUUGGUGUGGAAAACAAUGAUAUCGAGACUGAGGCAAGAAGGUGUGAAAGUGAUGACACUGAUUCUGAAGGCUGUGGUGAGGGAAGUGAUGGUGUGGAAUUCCAAGAUGCCUCACGAGUCCUGGACCAAGACGAUGGCUUCGAAUUCCAGCUACCAAAACAUCAAAAGUGUGCCUGUCACUUACUUAACCUAGUCUCAAGCGUUGAUGCCCAAAAAGCUCUCUCAAAUGAACACUACAAGAAACUAUACAGAUCUGUCUUUGGCAAAUGCCAAGCUUUAUGGAAUAAAAGCAGCCGAUCGGCUCUAGCAGCUGAAGCUGUUGAAUCAGAAAGCCGGCUUCAGCUUUUAAGGCCAAACCAAACGCGGUGGAAUUCAACUUUUAUGGCUGUUGACAGAAUUCUUCAAAUUUGCAAAGAAGCAGGAGAAGGCGCACUUCGGAAUAUAUGCACCUCUCUAUAG